UUGUGUUUGCUUUCAUUAGAUAACCUACGACCCACCAGCAACAACAACCAAAAGAAUAAUCUUUUGUCCAUUUUCUGAAAACCCAUUAAGCAAAAACCAAAAGGGUUGUUUUUGAUUUCAAUUGGGUAUAAAGAAAAAGUUGAAUUUGGAGGAAAGAGAAGAGAAAGGUGGUAGCUUUGUUUUGAGGUUGUGGGAAUGGGGGAUUUGGAGAAGCAGCAAGAGAAGGUGAUGGUGUUGGAAGAAGGAAGGAAAGAUGAAGAAGGUGAAGAGAAUGAGAGGCUUUUGGAGGGUAUGGCUGUUUUGGAUUUUGAUAUGCUUUGUUCAUCUGUUGCUUUACAAACUGCAAAUGGAACUUGGGGGAAGCUUGGUGGUGGUGGUGAGGAUGAUGAGCAUCGUGGUGAGGAGUUUGGUGGGGUUUUGAGGAUGUGGGAAGGUGAACUUCUUGAUUGCUUCGAGCAUCGUCGAAUCGCCCUUGAAUCUGCAUGUUGUCCCUGCUACCGAUUCGGGAAGAACAUGAAGCGUGCCGGUCUUGGUUCUUGUUAUAUUCAGGCGUUUGUAUAUUUUGUUGUUGCCAUCUGUGCGCUUUUCAACUUCAUAGCCUUUAUCGUCACGAGACAUCACUACUUUUUAUACCUGGCAGUCACCUUCGUUGUUACUGGCGGAGCAUAUUUAGGAUUCUACCGAACUCGAAUGCGGAAGAAAUUCAACAUCAAGGGUAGCGAUAGUUCGGUGGACGAUUGUGCUUACCAUUUUGUCUGUCCUUGUUGUACAUUGUGUCAGGAGUCAAGAACACUAGAGAUUAACAACGUUCAAGACGGCACUUGGCACGGCCGGGGCGACACCGUAUGCAUAGGUGGCAUCAGGAACGGGAGUAAAGCACUCUCCGCUUUGAUUCCUCCUCCUACCGAGUCCAUCAAGCUUACGGAUGAAAUUUACACCUUAUAGAAGAAAUAGAACAUAGAGGAGGAAGUUAAGAAACAAUGGUUCUUCAUCCAAAUUGCAUCCCUAUCCAUGUCAAGUUUAUAUCAAAUUUCGCGACGAAAAGAGAAUACAAUGAAACGAAGGCUCUAACAAACACCGUUCAUAAGUCAGACAUUGCUUUCAAAUUUCUUUGUUCCAAGCAAACAUAUUCUCAAAAUGGGAUAACUUAGUUUUUGGAUGAAGAACAAUGUUAGUUUUAAAAUUACCUCCAUGAAGUUGGUUUGCAAAUGUGCAUAUAGAGUGUGUCAUUCUCAACUAAUUUUUAAUAGCCCUUGUAGUGUAUAGUUUUGAGUAGUGUCAGUGUUGCAAGAAUCCCAUCUGAUUGUUGUAAUCCAAACUUGUGGUUUAUUAAUUGGUGUAUUUUUUACUA